AUGGAAGCUGAAUGCAGGGAACACGUCGCAGUGGCAGAAGGGACACAAGAUCCUCGACGUUUUACACAGAGUCGAGAUGGCAAACACACUCGAAAUUCACAGGACCGACUGCCCUCCGCUGCAGCACUCGGUGCUGAAGCCAGUAAGACAUCUAACCCAACGAAUACCAAGAAAACUGCAGACAGCGCUUGUUUCUUUUGUGGGAAGGAUCACGACGUCAGGAAGUGCCGUCUAGAUGCUGACCUGGCAGACCUGGAAGAGCGGCUUCGUCGAAGCCGCCGCUGCUUCCGUUGCGCAAAGGAGAAUCACACCGCUAGAGUUUGUCGAUCCGUGAAGGGCCUGAAGUGCGACCGAUGCAGCGGGCGGCAUUUGACGGUCCUAUGUAGGCAAGGGAGUCAGAAAACUACGGAUGGAACCGUCGUAGCAAGCGGUACAUGGCAACACUGUUCUCCAUACCCGCAGGUCGUGCUCCUGCAGACGGGGUAUGCCAUACUUUGCACUACUGAUGGCCGACGGAAGCCAAUUCGUAUUCUCAUCGAUGGCGGCAGCCAAAGGACAUUUAUUAAGAAGCCACUGUCGCGGAAAAUGCAGCUGCCAAUCGUGGGAAGGGAAGAUCUUGCAAUCAACACUGUCGGAAAAGCCGGGAAGCAGUCCUUGCAUAGCAGGGUCAGUGUGACCCUCCGAUCCCAGUACACGUCCCAGGAGGUAUCCUUUGAGGCUCUGGAAAUACCAGAAAUAUGCAUCAGUAACCUUCCGCAUAUCGACGUCAAGGCUCUCAAUUGCCUCAGGAAUACUGGAAUCCAGUUAGCGGAUGUGGCUGUGGCAUCUGUUCCCUCAACAGAAAUAAGCAUUCUUUUGGGCGCAGACUUUUACGGGGCGGUUGUCACCGGCAAGCAAAUGCGGCUUCAAGGUAACCUCAUCGCCCUCGAAACAACCUUCGGAUGGACUCUGCAAGGUCCUGCGGGAGAUUAUUCUUUGCCAGAGGUGAACACUUUCCACGUUGAUGUUUCUAGCUUCUCCCAAGACGACUUAGAUGAGAGGUUGCAGUCAUUCUGGGACUUGGAGCACCUCGGGAUUGCCGACGCCUCAGAAUCACCAGGAAUAGAUCCCGUUCUACAGAGAUUCGAGGACAGCACUCUAUUGGAGAACGGUCGCUACAGUGUUGGGCUGCCUUGGAAGGACAACCUUGUCUCUAGGCUCGGGACAAACAAGACAACAGCUGAAGUACGUCUAAGAAACGCCACCCGCACUCUGUUGAAAGACCAGGCUGUAAUGAUCGAAUACGACCAAGUUAUUCGCCAGUACCUCGAGAACGGUCACGCUGAACGCGUAGAUGUCACAGCGUCAAAGGUUGGCCCGGAGUAUUAUCUCCCACAUCAUGCAGUGAUCCGACGUGAAAGGGAGACUACUAAAGUACGCAUCGUAUUCGACGCCUCGUCAAAGGCACCUGGGUUUCUAUCUUUGUAUGACGUACUACACGUGGGUCCUAAUCUCAAUUCGGACAUUCUCUCUUUGCUGUUGAGGUUCAGGAUGCAUCCCAUCGCCCUUGUUUCUGACAUAGAGAAGGCCUUUCUACAAAUUGGCCUUCACAAGCAGGACACCGACGCAUUGCGUUUCCUUUGGUAUUCUACGACUCCGGUUACUGGGCAAACCCUCCCAGACAUUGAAACUUGGCGGAUGACUCGAGUACCCUUUGGUGCCAGGUCCAGCCCCUUUCUUCUUUCCGCCACUAUUCGACACCACUUACGGCAGUCUGAAGGGGACUACCCGGAGACAGCGGCGCUUCUACAGGACCAUUUCUACGUCGACGACUUGGUGGUCAGCGUGGAAACAUCAUCAGACGCAGAGAUUCUGUACCAGGACACUUUGCGAAUAUUUGAGGCCGCAGGCAUGAAAGUGAAGAAGUGGGUGACCAAUGACGGGAGCCUAUUACGCCAGAUGUUCAACGAUGGCAGCACAACCGUCGAGACGACUCAAGAUCACACUAAGAAGGUGCUGGGACUUGUCUGGGACGUACACAAUGACAAACUACGAUGCCCUCUCGCAGCCAUUUUGGACUUUGUUGCAAACGAGACGAAUGACAAGAGACACAUUUUACAGUCCGUAUCAAGGAUGUACGAUCCUUUCGGCUUACUUGCGCCCUUCACCAUUACUGGGAAGAUUCUGCUGCAAAGAAUUUGGGAGGCGGAGCUAGACUGGGAUGAUCCACUGCCAGAGGACAUACAAUCAGUGUGGAAGGAGUGGUGUGUGGGAGUGUCAGAACUGGAGCAACUCUCUCUGCCUCGAUUCCUGGGAUAUUCGUGCACGGCCACGCCUAGGAAGAUGCACGUAUUUGCUGACGCUAGUCCCUACGCUUACGGCGCGGAAAUCUACGUUGAAGUGUCAUCGAGCGGCUCUUCUAGCAUGGAGUUUCUCGUCAGCAAGAGCAGAAUGGCCCCCAUCAAGCGCCAAACGCUGCCAAGGCUUGAACUUAUGGCAGCCCUUCUUGCCGCACGGCUUUACCGAUAUGUCUGCACUGCUUUGAAGAUUGUGCCCGACUGUGUGUACGGAUUCUCUCAUAGCGUUGCAUUGGAUAAGAGGGCCAGUAACACGGUGGAAGACCUUCGUUGCGAACCGCGUCCAAGAAAUUCAAAGCAUCACUUCUACUGA